CUUCUCCAUAGCCAUACUCUCGCAACAAAGGGAGCAGCGCCUACUUUUCACUGAUUAGAUAGUGUGAUGAACUUUAAUGUCGUUGAAUGACAUACAACAACGCGACAACUCCAUGUGGACAGGAGCAAAAAUCUUAGAAGCAUACAACGAGAAGUGAUUUGAAGAAGAAGAAGACCUUGGUAGUAACUUGUUGGUCUCUCGUAUUGUUCUACGAACGAGGCACAUUCAGUUUUUACACCACGAGACGAAGAUGCACAGGGUCAUGAACAAGAAGUCACACAACUGGAAGGUUCGCCGCUACCUUCUGAAGCAAGGGGUCCGGGAGAACGUCGCAGAUGCAGUAAUUUUUGGAACUGGGCGCGCUGCUACUACUUCUACUAGAACUUAUCGCAGCGCGCCAUUCUCUACUAGUAGCAGUAGCACUAGUAGUAGUAGUACUGAUCGUGGCGUGAAGAAGACGGACGCGAAGUUUCCUUACCCACCGAGCAAUCCGCCACCAAAAGCAGUACUCUUCUUUCUUGUGUGUCAACAUGUUCUGCAGCGAGAAUUAGCAACAGGAGUAGUAGUAGAAGUAGUGGUAGAAGUAGCACCGCUAGCACUACGAACGAAUAGCUCGCGAUGAGUUUGAUUUCUAUACUAGGAUCAUGAUGAAGAUGAAAGAGCUCCUUCUGGAAAAAAUAAAGUUUUGUUUGGCAAAAACGCAAAUUUUGGGAGUGUGUGUGUUUGCCAGAAGUUAUAUUUUCAUUCAUAGAGUCUGAUGUCCAUCUUCGUCAUGUUCCUACGGUUUCCAUCUCAUUUUCUCGCCAUCAACUGUUUUCCAUAAUCAUUACUACUUCAGUACCAGUUCGCUCGACCCGUCCGUUGGACCGAAACAGAAAGCAGCAAGUCAACCACGGACCCGCCGACCUGGGUGCCGCAGCAAGUCAACCAAGCACCCACUCCCAACAGCACCCACGGAAAAACGGCUUCGGGUUUGGUUUAUGGCUUUCUAGUUAGUAUUAGUAGUAGUAGUAGUAGCAGUUCGUGCUGCCACAUUAGUGGUCUGCAUCACGUAACACAGGCCUAACUUAGCAUCCUUCGACUAGGAUUCAAGAAGACCUGUAGUGUGAUUUUCGGGGUGCAUCCUCUAACUUAUCGAAUUAGCAGUGAUUGCAGGGGCGGACUGGCGCAUCUACGCACCGCGAUUAGCGCAACAAAUCGACUGGCUGGUUAUGGCUCGAUGCAGUUUAUUUCUACCAUUCAUAACUUCUUGCAGUUUCUUUCUGAAUAUUCCGGCGAAGAGGUCAGACAUCUUUUUCAGCUCUAAUCAAGCCUACAAGGUGGAAAGUGAUAAAGAGAAGCUUUUUAUUUCCCCGUUGUUGAGUCGUGCCAUAUCGUCAGCAGUUGGAUCAGCAAACUACCUCGUUUUCUACCGGAAUUCGGAUUCGAUGAAGCUGAUUCAAGGCUCCAGCUUUUUACAGGUAUUGCUGUUCCCUUCUAGUAUUUUUAUGCCAGUCAUUCUUGCAUUUGCGUGCAAAAGAAGCUGCAUCUCUUUGAGCAUUAGCUGCCAGGAUCAGACUUUAUUGAGAUUCAAUUCGACGCAGCAUGAUGGAACUUCUUCUCCUGGAAUUGUUGCAUUACUUAGAUCUCUUAUUUUUAAUGUUCAAAAAUAAACACGACUUCUUUUUCUUGAUUAGGUUUCUAUCGACUCGAAGUGUCGAGUUUACACCCCCGAGACAGAUGAACAAAUUGUGAUGCGAUUCGUAAACGAGCUCGCGUCUGAGGUCCCUGCGUCUGCUCGAUCAGGAAAAAAGUGAGGAGAAGGAUUUUGAUCUUAUGCACUAGCAUCAGAAGCAUUUACUCAUUAGAACUAGAAGCACUACUUGUUUCCUCUUCAUUUCGCGACCGAGAUGCGGCGUUACAAUGCAGCUACUAGAAGUACUAUAGAAGGUGAGCAGCUACAGGAUGAAACUCAUACACCACCUUUUCGUAUAAUUGUUCUUGCUGGUCUAUCAAUCAAUUUCGAACUACCUUCGGUAGAUGAUGUUGAGCAACGUUUUUCACUCAGGUAUGUGUUUGGAGUUGCACAGCGAUUAUUGCCAUUGGCUGCGUUGUUUCUCAUUUAUUAAAAACAGCAUUCACAUCUUCCACGCGUUCCGCUGUUCGAUAAUUAUGAUCAUAGUUUCGCUUUCACAUUAUACCUAGAACAACUGCUAUCGAAGAGAAUUACUCCUAAUAUUAUUAUGGAACAUAGAACAAGGAUAACAAGCAUAAAAAGUCUCUCGAUUGAAGUGCACAGAUCAUGACUGAUAAUUGUUUUCUUAUUGUCGUUGUAGUUCGUGUUGUAUGUUGUCUUCCUGUCUUGCAUAAGUAAAAGUCACGAGGAGGAGACUUUCUUAAUUAAAAAUAUAAUACGGAUCCAAUCGUGAUGACUUCCAUCUUCUUGGUCAACAUUGCACAGCAUAACGCCCCUAUUAGCUUCGCCUGAUAUAAUCAACAGCAUAAAAUGGACUUCUUGAUCUUGUUCCGAUCCCCUAGCUUAGAUCUAUUAACUCACUGUACCACCACGACUAGAUAACCUACUAACCCACCCCCCCCACAUAUCGACUAAAAAGCGCAUGAUGAUUUUUGUUGUCUGAGAAAAAGGACGAUGCUUCAACAUAUCAUGAUGAUCCUCACUGCGUAUCUUGUACUUCUUCUACGUAGAAGGCGAAAUUGACGAUGUCCAUGGUCAUAACCGGAAAUACGAAACGACAGAAGAAAAUCCUUGCAAGUUGCAAGUUGCAAGGUUCUACUUGCUUCUGAG